CACGAAGGACAGGUUUGUUGUCGAGGCCAAAACUAGAUUAGCAGUCACGGUUGAGUAAACCCGACUCUCUCAUACGUUAGAGAUAUUGUAUUGACACUUACGAACACGCGAGAAUAUUCUUGUAAACAAAUAAAUGAAGGUUGGGUCACUUACAGACCUAUUUUCUGUUACGCUACGGACAAGCACAUGUUCUGCAAUGCAAUCCUAAAAAACUUUGUUGAAAACAAACGCCACCACGCGACAUCAUUUGGGGAAAAGUGUUAGUUUAUAACAGAUGUGUAGUGUUGGGUUUCUUGUUUGAUAAAAACAGGUGGGAACUUAAUCGUAUUAUAUCAAAGAUGCGUGGUGAUGCGAUCAUUAACUAAGAUAUAUGUUGGUGAUGUAACAUACAGUAAGGACGUCUGAGUAUGAAGUCUACUGUUGAGCAGUGCUGCACUUAAUACAUUUUCAGCCGACUACCUAGAACACCCAUUAGCCAACAUGGAGAUCCCUGAAGAGUACCUUUGGAUGGUGAUAGUCGGUUUUAUCAUCGCCUUCAUUCUGUCCUGUGGGAUCGGAGCUAAUGAUGUAGCUAACUCGUUUGGGACCUCGGUCGGUUCCCGGGUGUUGACCCUUAGACAAGCCUGCAUACUAGGAUCUAUAUUUGAAAUGCUGGGAGCCAUCCUCAUUGGAUACAGGGUCUCAGAUACGAUCCGAAAGGGCAUCAUUGACGUGGAAAUGUAUAACAAUGGAUCUGAGAAGGUCCUUAUGGCGGGCAACAUCGCCACACUAACAGGAUCCUGUGUUUGGCUGAUAGCUGCUACAAUAAUGUGUUUCCCUGUUUCCACAACUCACAGUAUCGUAGGUGCAGCCAUCGGAUUUUCCCUGGUUGCUAAGGGAGCGUCGGGAAUUAAGUGGAUUAAAAUAGGCUUUAUUGUUGGAUCCUGGUUUUUCUCGCCGAUUCUCUCGGGUGUUGUAUCUCUGUUAACGUUCAUGUUUAUCAACAAGAUGGUCCUACAGAAGGAAAAAUCCCUUGAAUCAGGUCUCAUGUUACUGCCUUUCUUUUACGGACUUACGGCCGCAAUCAAUCUUUUUUCCAUUUUCUACGAAGGGUCCAACCUGCUUCAAUUCGACAAAAUUCCGCUGUAUGGAGUGUUUGUUAUCACGUGCGGGUUGUCUUUACUGGUGGCGAUCGGAGUGAGGGUUUUUGUCGUCCCCUGGUCCAGGCGGAAGAUUACAGAUGAAUGUAACCAAAAGAUUGAUGAAAAAAAUCAAGAAGUUGAAAAUGCUACUGAACUCGAGCAACUCAACGAUAACGAAGAUCUACCGGAUAUUGUGUUCGAAAAUGAGGUACCCAGUAAGAAAAUCCGUGAAAGCAUAAAAGACAAACCCGAGGUGGUCAAGUUAUUUUCCUUCCUCCAGAUCCUCACUGCUGUGUUUGGGUCAUUUGCACAUGGCGGAAAUGACGUCAGUAACUCCAUUGGUCCUUUGGUUGCCAUUUGGAUGAUAGCAAAGGAAGGAACCGCCAUGCAGGCGUCUUCCACUCCUUUGUGGAUAUUGGUGUAUGGAGGGGUGGGUAUUGUCAUUGGACUGUGGAUCUGGGGACGAAGGGUCAUCAAAACUGUUGGGGACGACCUCACCAAGAUCACGCCGUCAAGUGGGUUCUGUAUAGAGCUUGGAUCUGCUCUGACAGUCCUGAUAGCCUCAAACAUAGGUAUCCCCAUCAGUACGACACACUGUAAGAUCGGUUCCGUCGUAUUCGUCGGAAGGGUUCGUUCCAAGGAAAACGUCGACUGGAAAUUGUUCCGGAACAUUAUCAUCGCGUGGGUCGUCACACUUCCGGUCAGUGGUGCAAUCAGCGCCUUGGCUAUGCUUGGUUUACAGGAACUGAUAUGAGAUAGUAUGAAGGAGAUUUCUCCCCAUCAUUGGACAGUGUGUAAUUGGAGGCACACACGUUGGUUAGAAUGAUUCAGUUCCGAGACAAUUACAAUUACCUUACAUAACGACAUUCACCAUCCUUUAAGCAGCUUUCCCUCUUACCUAUCAAUACAAUAGUGACUUCAAGAGGGACGUAUUCUUAUAACGUUGCUGUUAAGAACACCCGGAGAACAGUAAUCUAAGUUAUACUAUGACGCCUAAACCAUUCAAUCCCCGAAUCUCACUGCAGCGGUUAAACCAUAUGGUUUCAAAAUCCGAAAAUAUUGACCUUGCACUAUCAUAGUGGUCAGAUUUUGCGUCUCUCUUUUAGUUGGUUGAUACAUAUACUAUAUGAUAUAUUUUAAUGUGGUAUUUUAUAUAUAAUUAAAUGAAUGAAAUGGACAUUGAUGUAUUUUAAACCUUAUAACAUUAUCUUGUAAAGUAUUUAGCAACAUAUUAAUGCUUUGUACGCGUGUGUACGGUGUGUUAUAAACCUUCAGUUUCUUUGACAAUUGUAAUCAAACAGAACGUUCGUAUUUGCUGUCAAAAAAGUUGGGAAUGUCGAAAUGUUUUGAACACUUUCAAUGUACAUAUUGACUCUUCAAACAAUAAACAUGAAAUUGAAAUCC